GCGAGUGUCGCUCAGUGUCGAGUGAGACUUGGUGUCAGACGGGUGUGGCUGUCUCGCUGUCUGGGCCUUGGGACUUGGCUUCAGUCCGCGCGUGUACUGUGUCGACUUCGAUUUGUGGAAAGAGACUGCUUGGAAUUGCAAGAAAAUAUAUGAAUAUAAUAAGUGCAUACAAAUUUUAGUGGACAGUGUGACUAAGUACGCGGAAAAAAACAUAUAUUAUUGUAUUGUUGAUGACAAAUAUAGUGAGUACCUGGAGAUAGUUUGUCCCCAAGUCCCGCGUAUCGGGAAACUUGAACGUUGUGCUUGCGAUCAUGGAUAUAAAGCCUUUACAACGCACCUGGAAUUAGCGAACACCAUUUGUCACAUGAAAGAGGCGCGGAGCAGGAUGGGUGUAGCAGGAGCGGCGUCGGCGAGGACGUGGGGGCGGCAGUGGCCCGAGCGAGGCCUUCUGCUGCUGCUACUGCUCAUGACCUGCUGGACCGUCACCACGCGUGCAGGUAUGUCGCCAGCGUUUCCCACCGCCACAGGAUCCACGUCAGGAACAACGUACCGGACGGCCUACGCGUGUGAGGGAACGACGUUGAGCAUAUCCUGUGACCCCGGAUUUGUUAUCAACGUGAUCAGAGCGAACUACGGUCGAUACUCAAUCACCAUCUGCAAUGUCCACGGGAACACCGAGUGGUCCGUCAACUGCCAGAGUCCCCGAACGCAUAGAGUGUUGUCCGAGAGGUGCGGAUGGACCCAGGGCUGUUCGAUGCCCGUCAACAGCGAGAUCUUCGGAGACAAUUGCCCGGGCACCUACAAGUACAUCGAGGUUCACUACAGUUGCGUCAUAGAUGCGACCACCACCACUACCUCCAGACCGCGGCCACCGUGGUACCUGCUUACGAGAGCCCCGAUCCGGACACCGCCAACUCUGUAUGCUAACUACAGUACAACCACUACAACCACCCUCCCGCCAUCUACCACUACAUCUACCACAACAACCACAAGCACAACCACAACCACCACGAGCACCACAACCACCACCCAGGCUCCCGAUGUGGAACCGCAAGGUCAGGAGGAGCCAGCGGAGAGCCCCGAGGCAGAGGCACCCGCUACAGCACCCAUGGAAAAUGCCACCUCUCCUGCUGCUCCGGUUAUGCCAUCGUCUUCUACACUAUCUACCUCUACCUCUACCUCCACUGUUAUCCCUAGUAGCUCCACGAUCCCAGGUAGCAGCACGCACUCGCCGCCCGUGCCUCCCCCGCGUAUGGAUGGUGACUAUGAAAAUCUAUACUGUCCUCCCUCAUUUGCUCGCGGACUCUACUGGAACUGGACUCGCAGCGGAGAAAUUGCAGUGCAGCCGUGUCCAGGGGGCGCCUCCGGAUGGGCGAGGCGCUCGUGCAAGACGGUGGACUGGGCGGGUCCUGCCGACCUCAGCGAAUGCCGCAGCGUUUGGUUGGCCACGCUCGAGACCCGAGCAAAUUCUCACGACUCACUGAUAGGCGUGGCGGCCGACUUAGCAAAAGUGACAGAAAAUAAAGCUCUGUACGGCGGCGAUUUGAUUACCACAGCACGCCUCCUCUCCACGCUGGCCACCCGCAUGGCAGAGCACUUGCAUGCCUUCCCAGAGCCGCGGCAGCGCCAAGCCCUUGUGACGGAGAUGCUGCAGUCGGCUCUCGCCACGGGGUCUGCCCUGCUGGCGGCAGGGAUGGCAGGUCCCUGGGGUGACUUGGCGGUGAGGGAGAGACGCCACGCCGUGACGCAGCUGAUGGUAGCCCUGGAAGAGGCGUCGUUCCUUCUGGCCGAUGUCUUGCCCACAGGCACGGAAGCGGUGCACCAUAAGUCUCACGUGUUGGCGUCUGCACGGGCCGUCACGGCCGAUGGAUCCUCAGUAGGAUUUCCUUCUGCCCAAGAUCAGACUGUAGACUGGGGCUUCACCGACUCGGUCGCCUUGCCCCCUGAGGCCGUCCUCGAAAACAGUGAUGGCGGAACGACGAGAGUUGUGUUUCUCACGUACCAGCACUUGGAGGACCUGCUUGAGCCGGGUUCGGAACCACUUGGGCAUCGGUCAGGAAACAUCACACGUCUAGUGAACUCGCGAGUCGUUUCGGCGUCACUGGGUCGUGGUCGCCACAUUCAGUUGCCUGAGCCCGUUACUCUCACUUUCUCGUUGUUGCGACAGGAGAAUGUGACUCGCCCCGUGUGUGCCUUCUGGGACUACACCACGUCAGCGUGGAGCGACGAGGGUUGUCGCGUCGUCUACCACAAUCAGAGUUAUAUUCGACUAUUUCUCUACAGUGUUCACGUUUAUAUGAGUGUUGCUCGAGCAGUAGAAUGCGAUUCACUGCGACUGCGGUGGUGGCAUUACACCCUGGCCUACGGCCUCCCACUCCUGGUGGUGGCCGCUGCUGCGGUUGUAGACCCCUUCAGCUAUGGCACCGAUCAGUAUUGCUGGCUCAGGACUGACAACUACUUCGUCUUCUUCCUCGUUGGCCCGGCGCUGCUGCUGCUGGCGGCCCACGUGGCCCUCCUGGCGGCCGCCCUCGUCUACACCUGCAGGCUCUCCCCGGACGACGCCUUGAAGACCAAGGAGAUGGCACGACUCGACUCGACCAGCGGCGUCUAUACCAACGCUCUCCAACACCGACUCUACUCCCGCCUGGCUUGGCUUCGAGGGGCCAUUACGCUGCUGCUGCUGAUGGUGCUGACCUGGACCCUUGGCCUGCUCUUCCUGUACCGGCCGUCGCUGCCCAUCGCCGCCGCCUUCUGCGUCCUCAACGCCCUGCACGGAAUCUUCAUCUUCAUCUACUACUGCGUCAGGAAUCAGAAGGUGCGGGAAUGGUGUCGGUCUGCAGUGGAGCGCGAGGCUUGGCUCCCGCAGGCGGUGCGCGGAGUCUUUGCCGCCGAGAAGCAGACCUACAGCCCCAAUAACAACAACACCAACCCCCAUCCCGCCAUCUCUCACGCCCUCAAUCACGCCCUCGCCUCGCCCGCCCUCAACCAAUAUCUUCCAACGCUGUGCCAGCUCGGCGGAGUGAAGGGUCCAGGGGCCAGCACACGCCCCCCAGUGGGACCCCUGCUGUCAGGGGGCACGUCCACGAUGGGCUCUGGGGGGUCUCUUCGUCAGGGAGUCACGGGCCACCUACCCCUCGGCGCCCUGCAUCAGUCGUUGCCCCGCCACCACACAGUCACCCUCCCGCGCACCACCACCACCACCACCACAGCCACCACCACCAGCACCAGCCUUCAUCACGCCACCCUUAAGCACGCAGAGGAAGACGCUUCCUACAAGUCCUUCUCGCGGGACUCGGGCCACGGAGGCUCGGAGCAGGAGGACUCGCCCCGCGCGGGAUGGAACAACCACCACCACCGCUACUCGAACUCCCUCACCGCCGACCUCAAGAACGCUUACCUCGCGAAACUCAACAGCAUCAAUGCAAGUGGCGGCCUGGACGGAGGCCUGACGUUCCCCAACAUGGAAGGCGGCAAUAAAGUGAUCACAGUGCCCAAUAGUUACACAACACAGCUGUCGCCCGCCGCCGUGCCUCCCGCUGUCGCCGCUAUGCUCCGGGGCAACGCCAACACGGCUCGCUCGCACUCUCCUUGGAAUCACACUUACAUGGAGAUUGAAACUGAGGGUGACCCCGUGUACGAAGAGAUCGAACGUGAGCGCUGGGUUGGACGGUCUGCUGGUGUCGUAAAUGGACCUACGGGCCAGGAGACGUUGCAGGUGUCGGACCUCUCCGACGAGGACAUGAAGCGAGGCACGCCGAGUGACAUGAGCCGACAGUCCUCCAGAAGCUAUGGCGAUGCCCGACCCCUGCUUCCUUAUCACCACGCUCAAGGCCACCACUUCCCUCGGAGCCCGCAGGACCAACAGUUCGCUCUCAGUGAGGAGAGAUUACGGGACUUUAAUGCAGCUCAGAUGAGUCGAGAUCUGGAACAGCUGCAACAGGCACAACAGCAUCUUUCGCGCGACAACCUGAUGACCGUGGCAGUCUUGAACGGGGAGCAGGUGGUCUGUCGUUUGACGUCGCCCUCGAACCCUCAGGCACCACAGAGCCUGCCAGUCAUCCACGAGGCCGGCGGACGAGGCCUCGUGGCAUCCCAGACCCUGAACGGGGAGCCUGCCCACGUGGUGGUAUCGCGGGCCCCGCACUAUAGACCCCAGCAAUUCAGCGAGUGUUAGUGAUGUUCGUGUGUGCUGCAGUGGAGACUACUUUUGUCUUAUAAAUGGAGUAUGUAAGAAAAUGCCGGCUUGAGUCAUUAGCGAGUGUCUUUAGACUACUUCUUCACUUGUGCUUUCCAGCUGGACUAUUGGAACUCUAUAGUCUAAAUAGUUACCGACUAUCUCAAAUCCAGUUGGCAUUAUCCUUGAUGGUGCAAGGCGUAUUUCCAUACAGUUUGGAGUUUUUGUUUUAAGUAUUUGUAAACUUCAAUUUCCAUUUUUAGUGAACCUGAAAGAGUGCACGAGAAAACAAAGAGACUAAGUAGUGCACUCAGCUGCAAAGGGCAUCAUGGCGGAAACGGACACGAUUUCCUGCAACUCUGAUAACUAGUCGAUGUACUUUCUAAUUUAUUGGUCUCAUUUUAUUUUACACACCGCGGAACUUUUGUAGCUCUAUGAAAGUGGUGUCGAAGCCUUUGUGAUUUUUAUAUGUAAGAAGUGUUAUAUUUCUGUUAAGUGUGCUACAUUCCAGAGUUGAGUGUUUAGUUUCGUCUGACGUUGGGUUAAGCCUCAGUGCCACAGUGCUCUAUACUUCGCUUCAGAAUCACACCAGUAAACGUGAAUGGCUAUUAGAGGAAGUGCCUUUUUCGGUCCGAGGAGUGUGUACAUGUAUAAAGGAAAUAUUUGGAUGUAUAUAAUGAUGUAAAUAGGAUAUAUUUAUAUGUACGUUUUCUUAAUGAAAAGCCAAAGCUUCUAGAACGUAGAAGAGUCUUCGAGAGUCAUUUCCAACGGGCCUUUCCUUUGCUUAGUGGAAGAGAAACACUGAUACUUUUUAUGUUAUAUACUUCACCGGCAGUGGUUCCAGGGAGUAACGAGCUGUGGUCCCAGGAGGUCACUAGCUGUGGUUCUUGGGAAUGCCAGCUGUGAUUCCAAGGGAUCGCCAGCUACAGUUCCAAAGAGUCACCGGUUGUCAGCAGGUAACUUGUUGGCUGAUGCCUCACUUAUACUCACCUGUAGCGUCCCCGGGUUGUCAUGAGUGACUUUCGGGUCACGGUCACCCGGCUUUUGCCUCACCUACAUCACCCGCAGCAGGUCUUGGGCCACAGUAAGCCAGGGUCAUGUGGUGGGCAGUUAACCUCAUUGUGGCAUCACUGCAUUUCCGUUGCAUCAUCUCAUCCUUAUGGACAAACUUGUACCUUCAGGUCCGUUGUCUGCCCACGCACAUCGCCUACAGUGUGGGAGUAAACACACUGUGCUUGUGGAUCCAUAUUAUAAAUCCAGCUUAGACUCCUUCUAUUCAGGUCAGUGUGAAUCUAAGCUGGAAGAAUGUGAAGUAGGUAGCUCCCACAAGCUUGGCCGGCCCCUGGGACCCGCUCCUGCCAUCAUCUCUUCUCCAACUUGUGAGCUGUGAUACGUUGAAUAGAUAAUCAGUGUAAAAAUAUGACAAUAAAAUGUUUAAAUGGAU